GAAUAUUCAAAUACACUCGUUUGAACCUCAAAGCAAGGUCGAUCUGCUUGACAUUUUGGUUGGAAUGUAGUCAUUAAGUCGUGGUUGAUACCGCAUGUCGAAAACGUGGGUCACUCGCUAACAUGGGUUCACAAUGAGAUCAUUACAACGUUCUGUGGUGACGCCAAUAUACGCUUGACUAUGAGUUGUUAUCACGUGUUGUAAACACGGUUAGCUUUUGCGAGCUCCAGCUAAAGUUGGUAAACAUGACCACCGGCCAAGAUCACGGUGCCCUCGACGUAAGUGAGGGGAAACCGAGAUCUCCUGUGUCACUCGCCGGGCAUGUCCUGGAGGUUUUCAGACAUGUCAAGGUAGAAAAUCUGGUUGCAGGACUAAGCGGAGGAGUCGUGUCAACGCUGGUGCUUCACCCUCUCGACCUGGUCAAAAUCAGGUUUGCAGUGAGUGAUGGUUUGGAAUUGAGACCCAAAUAUACUGGCAUAAUACAUUGUAUGAAGAGUGUGUGGCACCAGGAGGGAGUGAAGGGACUCUAUCAAGGCGUAACCCCCAACGUGUGGGGUGCUGGAGCAUCUUGGGGUCUUUACUUUUUCUUCUACAAUGCAAUCAAAGCAUAUGUAAAGGAAGGUCGUCGGACAGAACUGAGUGCUACGGAGCAUCUAGUGUCUGCAGCCGAAGCAGGAAUUCUAACCCUCACCAUCACAAACCCCAUCUGGGUGACCAAGACAAGGCUUGUACUGCAGUACAGCUCUGACCCAACCCGUAAACAAUACAAGGGGAUGCUGGAUGCCUUGUUGAAGAUUUACCGGAUGGAGGGGGUGUCAGGCCUCUACAAGGGUUAUGUUCCUGGUCUUUUUGGAACAUCUCACGGUGCACUUCAGUUCAUGGCCUAUGAGGAGCUGAAGAGAGACUACAGUAAAUACAAAAAGGUUUCUUCAGAUGCAAAACUGAAUGCAUUGGAAUACAUCACAAUGGCUGCGCUAUCAAAAAUAUUCGCUGUGGCUACUACAUACCCAUAUCAAGUGGUGCGUGCGCGACUCCAAGACCAGCACAAUAGAUACAAUGGUGUUGUCGAUGUCAUCAAACGGACUUGGAGGAAUGAAGGUGCCACUGGGUUCUACAAAGGCAUUGUCCCCAACCUGAUUCGUGUCACUCCAGCAUGCUGUAUUACAUUUGUAGUUUACGAAAAUGUCUCCCGCUUCUUACUUGGUUCAAGUUAACAAAGUCUAACAGAAAAAAGGAAGACAAAACACUUAGACUGCAAGCUCAGCAAGAGUGACUGAAUGGUCAGCGUGUCAGAAUACAGUAUUGACCUCAGUGCAUGUACUGGGUAUUACACUGAAAACCAUUGCAACAAGUCUCCUUGUUGAACUUGAGAGUGGCUGAUUGAUUCCAUGCCGGUGCCACUGAGUUUUGUUUUUACAGGGAUGAAUAAAUGUAUCCAUCCAAAGGACUUUCAUAAAUUAGAAAUGUCAUAGCUAAAUUUGCUUUUUCUACUUUAUCUGAAGCAGAAACAUGAUGAAUAUAAAUAGUUGAACAAGGUUCAUUAAAUUGUGUAUUUUUAAAUAAUUAAUGUGGAAAAACAAGACAUCUUGACAUAACAUUUAUAUAUUUAUUCAUAGAAUGUUAUAUGCUGGCCACAAUGAUUGAUUUUUUGUUAUAAACUUGGAAAUUAAUUCUAG